CCAAUUAGCGCGAAGGAAACUUCCAACAGUUGCAAAACAACCGUUCUGCUGAACGCAGCCAUUGUGCUGUAUGUUAAACACGUGUCCGGCGAGUAAAUAGACAACUCUAAUUUUAUGUGUGAUCUAAAAGAUAUUGAUAUAUUUUAGCGAAUAUGAGCGAAUCAAAAAAAGAAGAUAAAACGCCACUCCGCGAUUAUGAGUGGAUGAUUAGACCGUGUAUGGUGUACAAAGAUGAGUAUGACGAUUGUAGCAGUAUAAAGGCUCGUUUCCAUCAAUACUUCAUAUUCGGCGAAACAGUCGACUGCAACCAAUGGAAGACCGAUUAUCACAAUUGCUAUCAAUGGGUAGCGGAAGAGACAUAUGAUGCGCUGAUCAAGAGUGAGAAGCAACGCCGAUAUAACCGAUUGCAUGCACAUUAUCAGAACAACGUCUGGGAGAAGAGGGAGAAACCGCCAGAAAACUGGAGCACUCCUCUACCCGAAUGGAUGCAAAAGAAGUUUGAGAACUCGUAUCUGCAUAUACGAAGCAAAGAGAUGAAGCAGGGCGUAGAGGUAUCUCCUCUCGACACGAGAUGUACUAUAUUGUAACAACAGAUUUCUUAUGUUAUCUUAAGAUUGAACGUAGCUUAUACAUGUAUUUAUUAUUUAAAGUCCAUACAUGUAUUAUUUAAAGUGUGUACAAUAAUACAUAUGUAAAGUUUUGCAGUCUGUGAAUAAAUAUGCGAUCGUGGCAUAUAAGAUUAGAUACCUCACGUUUGCGCCAAACUA